UGGUAGUUGGGUAGACCUGUACAUCAUAUCAUGUUUUUAAGUACUGAUCAAUUGCUGGAAACAAGUUACAUUUUGCGUAAAAAAAAUCGCAUAAAUUAGAAUUAAAUGAUGUUUCUGAAAAACCCUUAAAUGGUAAUGAAGACCGUUUUCCUUAUUGUUCCUACCCAUAUAAAACAUGUUCACCCUUUUACCGUAAGCUGCCUACCCAGAAGCUGCAGGUCGCCCGGAGAUCACUCCCCCUCGCCUGACCGGUAACACGUUCCAUUUUGGUUGUGUUGUCCGUUACAAUGGCAUUAUGCCUGAGAGGGCGAGAUUUCAGGUUCAGUUUUUGGCUGAUGGACAUCCGUUUGGUGGUAUCCAUACGGCUUCCGAUGACCAUAACUGGCACGUACAUAUGAACCCCAUGGAUUUGAAGGGGAAUUUAGGGAAACACAUAAGAUGUCAGGUUCGUCCUUACUGGAGCGGCCACGCCAUUACAAGCAGACCUGUCAUCAGCAGAAAUAACUACUUUGCUGGAAUAAAGAUAGCAGAUAUUAACGGUAAUGACAUCAACCAGAUAGUCGUGCGGAAAGACGCACCCGAACCCACAGAAAUCCAGUUAUAUUCAACAAUUCCUGUCACCAUGGAGACACACAAAAUUAUGUUUAUACCUGGUUUGGAGAGCCAACUUUCUGUAACCCUGCGCACUGAGAGUCCCGGUGUGGCCAAGACCGUCGUAACAUCUACUUGCGAGACGAUAUUCCUUCAACGAGACUGGAAUCAGACGGCACAUAAAUUGUUUGGAAGCAAACCAGUCAAAAUACAAGCCGUGAUGGACAAUGCGCGGCCAUCUGGUCGACCAGACAUCCCCAAACUGUUGUAUUUUACACCAAUACCAGCGGCGCUGGGACAGAGCAUUUGGGAAAAUUAUGUUCUUCCAGCAUUCCAGGUAACCACAGUAGAUGUGAACACGGGAAUUUGCACUAGUGUCACGGAUCCCCAUCUGAAAACAUUUGAUGGCAGACGAUUUGAUAUCCUGCGUGAGUUUGGAGAAUUCGUCCUAACUAGAUCAAAAUAUGGUGAAUUUGAGGUUCGCGAACGGCAUUGGUCUUGCUCGAGCUCUGGCGUAGCAUGCAACUGCGGGGUGGCGGCGAGGGAAGGUCCCCACAUCUUAAUAGUAGACCUUUGCCAUGGUAACGUGGACCAACUCCGAAAAACAAAACUACAACCGAGAGUGUAUUACAGGACUACUGCUAUCACUGGGACGUUGCCAAACGGGACGUACAUCCAUUCUGAUUCCACGGGCAAAAAAUAUGUGUUGAAGUUUACAUCUGGCGCCUGGGUGGAGGCCCGCGUAAACAGGUAUUGGGGUCUAGAUAUAACAGUCAGCGUUCCCAGUGGUUACAAGAAGCACAUGGCUGGGUUGUGCGGUAAUUAUGAUGACCAGAGUGAUAAUGACAUCGUUGGAUCUCUGCCAAAUUUCAUUUCAAACAACAAAGUGACAGUUGAAGACAGCUACUUCGGUCGAAAGCUUCCGUGCCCCUUACCUUUGGCAAGAACCCUUCAAGACUUCUGCUAUUGCAAUAAAACGGGGGAAGAGAGAUUCGUAUGCGACUAUGCCAAAGUUGUACCAGAUCCAACCGACCUAACGAACAUGAAGCCAGUAAAACCGAUCAUCACUCCUCAGACAUGUGGAAAACGGAAGCGACGGGACAUUGAGGACCUUAUGAUGUCCUCUGAUGACGUCAUGGAAUUUGACGAUUACGUGUACACACCCGUGGUCCCAACUGUACGGCAGCCUGUAGUUAUCAAACCCCGUGUUGGGCCUGGUGGGCCUGGUGAUGGACCCGGGAGGAAUGUGCAGGCUAUGUUGAAAGCUGUUUCUGUUGACGAAGUACCGGUGGUGCUCCAACCUCAGGAGAUCAGGCGCAUCUGCAGUGAGGCCAUCGAGACCUCUUCAAUUUCGACAUUGUGCAAGGAUCUCCCCGGGUUUGACGUCAGCUCCACGAUGGAAGAAUGUAUAUCUGAUAUUCAGUUGACAAACGACAUAACGUUUGCAGAAGCCGCUUCCGACAAUAUGGAGGACCGCUGCAUCCAGUAUGCAUCCACGCUUUCCAGUGAGAAAGAAAAUGUUCAGAAAAUCUUGCGUCUUCGCUGUCCUCGCCAAUGUAGCGGACAGGGUCGGUGCGACAAUGGACAGUGUCACUGUCACGCUGGAUUCACUGCUGAGGACUGCUCGGUCAGGACAGAUAGCAUCCCCAGCGUGUUCUUCAGAAUAUCUGGGCGCGCUGUGCAAACGCGUUCCUGCGAUGCGCUCAGACGGCCAUGUUUGACGACCAGACUUCAAGCGACUGGAGCGUUCUACAGGAGUUCGAAUCUCACUUGCAAGAUACAACACAUAGUGAUGACGUACAAUGGACACGAGUUCGUGGAGAGUGAUGUUACAACCAAAAACACGAAGGCGGAGUUCGUGUCAUUCGGCGAAGUGAUCUGCCACAUUCCCAGUACAGUGCGGAGUGCUGUGCUAGCGAAACCAAUUGCGGGCCAAGCAGUUCAUGUUGUUGUUAGAUUGCAAAUAUCAGUCAGUAAUGAUGGCGUUCGAUUCUCCAAUGAAGUGAAUCUGUUAGUGUUUAAUUCCAAACGCGUAGAGUAUAACAGCCGCACACAGAGCUGGGAACCGAAAGUGUAAGAGAAAGAAUUAUAGUUUGUGUAAUUUAAUUUUUUU